UCAAAUUAAAUAAAAGUAACAAAGUGGUGUUGUAAAAUUCGGAAAUAAGUAAAUAUUUGUUAUUUUUCAAAUUUAUUCCUAUUAAAAAUCCUAAAGAAGUGAGAUAAUUUGUAAUCACAUAAUAGCUGACAAUGCCUAGUCAAUAUGAAGAAGAACGUGUUUGGGAGGGAUCAAACCACAAUCAGUACGAAGAAGAAGGUGGAGAAGAUGUUAUUGACAAUCCGGAAGAAGUGCUUCAAGAAUGUUUGGAAAAGUUUAAAACACCCGACUACAUCAUGGAACCCGGCAUAUUUGGCCAGCUAAAACGGUACUUUCAAGCUGGAGGGAAUCCUGAGCAAGUUAUUGAACAAUUAUCAAUAAAUUAUAACGGCGUAGCUCAAAUGGCAAAUUUGUUAGCUGAAUGGCUUAUUCUUGGUGGUGUCAAAGUGACGGAAGUACAAGCCAUGGUGGAAAAUCACCUUAAGGAUAUGAUUUUAAAGACAUUUGAUCCCAAAAAAGCUGACACAAUUUUCACUGAAGAAGGUGAAACACCAGCAUGGUUAACAGAAAUGAUUGAACAUCCAACAUGGAGGUCUUUAAUAUAUAGGCUGGCUGAAGAAUAUCCUGAUUGCCUCAUGUUGAAUUUUACUAUUAAGCUUAUAUCAGAUGCUGGUUUCCAAGGAGAAAUCACCAGCAUAUCAACUGCUGCACAACAAAUAGAAGUGUUUUCAAGAGUUCUCAAAUCGUCUAUUGUGGGAUUUCUUCAGAGUUCUGAUGACUGGCAGAAUAGUGUAAAUGAAUGUGCUAAAAUGGUUUGCCAUGGAGCUCAAACAUAUGUGUACAGCCAAGUUAUUGUUCACAUUUUAUCACAAGAGCCAAGAGGUGGGGCAAUUAUGAAGAGACUGGCACAAGAGAUUACUCGGUGUGCACAACAAAGCGGUCAUGAUGUAACUCCAAUCACCCUAGCGCUGACACCAGGCGAGUCAUGGCGAGGCGCACGCACUGCGCUUGCCGCCAUGUUGUCACGUGAUGCACUCAACCCUGCUGAUAUAUCGGUACUAUUCCGCGCCUACACGCAACCUGAACCGCCGCCGGUGCAUUUGUUAAGAAUACCACAGUUUCUAGAACUGCUUGUGGACUCCUUGUUUAAAUCAGGUUCCAAGUUAAAUCCUGAGCACAAAUCAAAGUAUAUGUAUUUACUAGCAUAUGCUACAAGUGUUUGUGAAGGAGUGACUCCGGGCAGACCUAUUAAAGAGGAGUUGAAAGCCACAGUACAAGCAAUUGAAAAGAUACACACAGUAUGUAGCAGUUCUGCUAGCUCAAGUGAACUUAUUGCAGAAUUACCUACACUGUAUCAUUGUAUCAGAUUUCCCGUUGUUGGAAUGGGUGUUCUUGUGUGGGUAGAAUGUGUUGUGACAGAACCUUCCUACUUCAAGCUGUGCACAGAACAUUGUCCUGUACACUUGGCAUUGUUAGAUGAAGUGGCUUCCUGCCAUCAAUUACUACAUCACAGGCUAUUGAGAUUGCUCAUACAACUUUUUGAAUCCCCACAAGAUGAACUGGAAAUUUUAGUACAGUUGGAAUUGAAGAAAAUGCUUCUCGAUCGAAUGGUUAAUUUGCUGAGCCGCGGCUGCGUAGUGCCCGUGCUCAGAUACAUCAAACAGUGUUGGCAGCGUGGUGAUACUGAUAUAUCACUAAUAAGAUAUUUCAUUACAGAGGUUCUCGAUGCAAUAGCGCCGCCUUAUACACAAGAAUUUGUACAAUUAGUUCUUCCUAUGGUCGAAAAUGAGGAAAUCACUGGAACUAUGCGAGCAGAAGGCGAAAAUGACCCCGUGUCAGAGUUUAUAGUUCACUGUAAGGCGCAUUAUGUAGUAACAUAAUUGAAUUGCUGCCGAAAAUAAUACUAUUUAAAUAAAUUA